CCAUACCAGCCAGAUACCGGUCUCUAGCCGUUCGAAUCACGUUCAGUUCUCUCCUCGUUCUUUGUGCUAUACGUUCAGAAGACUUGACGUUCUUCAGUCGGAGGAAAAUAUAAACAGUGAACUCUUCGAUUUAUUAAUGAGUGACACGGUGCAGUGACAUUCGUUCAAAGGAUUAUUACGUACAUUUGUUAUAAACAAAAACUGUGUUUGUGUCCGCUAAUCAAGAGCGGAAAAAAUUCAUCAUGCUCGUCGAAGAAAUGCCUCGCAGCUUCGUCAAGAAGAAUAAUAGCUACAGUCACUGCCCGCUCAAAAAGCGUCCAGUGCACGUGCUGAUGGCAGAGGAAGUUGCAAUUGCAACAAAAGAAGAAAUUAUUGACGUAGUCGUCGAUGAUAUCCCAGAGCCAGAAAAUCUCAGCACGAAACCAGAAGAUCUUAGCAAGACUGCAGAGAAGCUCCGCUCUCAAUUUUCAAGAUCACCCUCACCUGUUGCCUAUGGAAAGCGGUCAGCUUCGCCAGAUGCAGCAUCUCGCUCACCAUCGCCUUCAUCGAGGCCCAUCUCUCACAUGCAUCACCAACAGCAUCACCACAAUCAUCAUCAUCACUUAACGUACCCCCAUUAUCCAUCAAAGACAAUCACGCCACCAAUUGGUGUGGCACCAGUUCAUCCAGUGGCAAAGAAGGCCCGAGUCGAAGUCAUCCAACACGAUCAUGUUUCACCCGCUGCAGCGGUGGCUGCACCUAUGCACUUCAUGGCAACGAUGACGCCCUUGGAGCCAUUGAAUCUGAAUACGCCAAUGGAGCCAUUGGCGCAUUACGCCACACCAGCCUGGGCACGUUCGGCACCACUUUACCCUCCUCACUAUCUGCCCUAUCCAGCAUAUCGCUACCAUCAUCACCCUGGAGCGGAACUCUAUCAAUCUUGUCCAGUGCCGGCGUACCCACAUUCAUCUCCCGAACAUUCAUCCGUUUCUCCACCACCUCACGCUGCCCUCACGUGCCCCACGAUUCAACGACCGAUUGCCAGGAGUUACGCGCACUGGGCGAGUCCAGAUCACUGCGGAUUGUCGCCUACAAGUUCCCUGGGCUCAGGCUCCCUGAGGUCGCCACCCCCCGUCACUCCCGAGGACUUGUCCUCACCCGGAAGUGACAGCGGAAGAUCAUCAGCCGGCAGCACGUCCGCCGGACCAACCAUCGUCAACCAAAAACUCGACAAGGGCCCGUCGAGCAACUCCGGUUCGCCGUCAUCGCCCCGCUACUCCUGCCCAGACUGCGGAAAAUCGUACUCCACCUACUCCGGCCUGUCAAAACACCAGCAGUUCCACUGCGCCUCGGCCGAAGGUCAAACAAAGAAGUCCUUCUCCUGCAAGUACUGCGAGAAAGUCUACGUCAGCCUGGGUGCACUCAAGAUGCACAUCCGAACACACACGCUGCCUUGCAAGUGCCACCUUUGCGGAAAGGCCUUCUCCAGACCUUGGCUCCUCCAAGGGCACAUCAGAACGCACACCGGCGAGAAGCCCUUCAACUGCCAGCACUGCAAGCGAGCCUUCGCCGACAGAAGCAACCUCAGAGCGCACCUUCAGACCCACAGUGAUGUGAAAAAGUACUCGUGUCCGUCUUGUAGCAAGACCUUCAGUCGUAUGUCCUUACUCACAAAACACCAGGAAGGAGGUUGUCCAGGGGUAGCCGUACCCAUGGGUUUUUCGUGUUGAAAAAUUGUGAAUCAAAAAAAUUCCAGUGUUCAAAGUCUGUAAACGAAGGUGCGCGCGAGUUGCUUCAAACUCGUCACAGGACAAGUGCCUUAGAAGUCUCACACCCAUGAGACUGCUCCGAGUACAAAGAAAAUUUAGAGACUAAUUAAUUUAAGUGUACAUAGAGAAAAUUAUAUUUUCCACUUUGUCCUUAUAUAAAUUUAUUUUGACGCAAACAAGAAAACUUGCAAAGUUACCGCUUGACGUGGUCCCGUGAAACUGCUGUGCCAUUCUCGUUUCUUUAAAAACGUUUUAAACGGUUAAUCGAAAAAAAAAAUUUUAUCGGUUCCUUUUUCAACAAUUCGCUUUUUAUUCUUUCCACGUGUAAAUUAUAUAAUGAUUUUCAUCCUAUUGGCGUCAUUAUCUUCUUUUUUCGAAUAAUUAUUUAUAUUAGAUUUUAAGUUCAUCAUGUGCACCCAAGCACCAAAGUGCCAUUAUAAAUUAACUAUUUAAUGUACGACAGGCUUGCAUUGUAAAUACUGCAUCUGAAAAUCGCUUUUGUAAGCUUGAAAUCUCGUACAAGAGUAUUAUAUAUAUUCUAUUUAAAGUCAAAGUUGCAGAGAAUUUUCGUUCCUUAUAGAAAAGGUUUCUUUAAAAUAUGUAUUUUUCAUUUUGCAUUACUUUUAAGUUACUUGAAAAGCUAGUCAUUAUUUAUAGUAUAUAAAAAAGAGUAGUGGAGAAGAGAAAUUCAUUUUCGUUUUCUGUCUACAUUUCAUAUAGUCAUCGAUGAAACUCAGUGAAAUAAUACUAGUUUCAAUUGUUUUGUAAGCGUUUCUCGGCGAUUGCUCGCUGCCUAUUUAGACUUGUAAAGAAAGUAAACUACUAUGCAAAGAUAUAGAGAGAAUAUUUUAUACAAAAUAAAUUUGAUAAAUUUGA